UAAGAUGGCAACACAAAAUAGGUGAAUGAAGGAAUUUGAAGAAAUAGAAAGAAGUCGCUAAUUUAUGCGAGACGGCGUCUUUAUUUUCAGAUGAAAUUGUCUAACUUGUUGUAAGAAUUAGAAAAUAAUACGUGUUGGCCUUGAGAUACAAACAAAGAUUCCAAAAAAAAAGAGUUCAAUAUGGGGGACCAGCAAUUUUUCCUAAAAUGGAAUGACUUCCAGACGAAUAUGGUUACAUCUUUUCGACAUUUGAGGGAUGAAAAAAGUUUUACAGACGUUACACUAGCAUGCGAAGGUCAGACGUGUAAGGCACAUAAAAUGGUACUAUCAGCAUGUAGUCCAUACUUUAAAAGCUUAUUAGAGGAGAAUCCAUCAAAACAUCCCAUAAUUAUCUUAAAAGAUGUAUCAUACUUGCACUUACAAGCGAUACUUGAGUUUAUGUAUGCCGGUGAGGUUAAUGUGUCCCAGGAACAGCUGCCAGCAUUCCUCAAGACUGCUGCAAGACUUAAAGUUAAAGGGCUAGCCGAGCCGCCACCACAGAUGCCUAGUAUCAAGAGAGAAGGCUAACCCAGUGUGUGCUUUAAAGACUUUAGUGAACUAUGAAACACCAAUGUAACAUAAAAAUAAUUGACACCACACCGUAUGUAUUUUUAUAUGGCAAUUUAUAAACACCUUCACAUUCUUGUCUGCAAUAUUUCGACCAGCAACACUUUCUUUAUAAUAUGUGUAAUUUUACACCAUACCUAUUAUUUGCUUUUUUUUAUUUUCAAGUUACUUUAAAGAUUUUAUGCAUUUUGCAAUUCGUAUUAGUAGCUUAAGUUAAUUAUUGCCUUUAAUAAUGUGUUGCAACCUGCUAUGUCAUUGGCUGAGCUACCGGAGCAGCUGCCAUUUAUAGGAUAGCAACACUUUCUCGUAGUAUGUAGAAAUAAAUAGGGACUUUAUAAUAUAUCGGGUUACUGUUAAAAUAUAAAUAUGAAGCAAUAUUUUUAUAAACGAGAAACUCCCGAAAAAAUAUACAUUUAAUUUUAAAACUAACCCAUAGUUAUAAUAAACCAUAGAGAAUCUCUGUAAUAGAAAUCUGUUCCUUUUGUUUCUCCAAUAUAUAGAAUAUAUAAAACAACAUUGUUCAUAGAUAAUGAACUACAUUUUAAACAGUUGUACACAACUGUUUUAUUAUUAAGUUAUAAAGCUAUAAUAUCUAAUAUGUAUGAUGAAACAUAUUUUUCAAAGCGAAAUUGGUAGUAAGAAACCAUUGCUAAAUAAUAUUUAAAACUAGUGGAUUUAUCCUUAGUUUUCAUUAGUGCCUGAUAUGAACUCAAACCAAUUAAGCCGAAUUAAAUAAUACUGUUUUACACAAUCUUUGAAGUAACAUUUAUUAGGUCUUUCUUUGGAGUAAUUGUCAAUAGCACUCUGGACGCAAAUUGGCUGUACUUAGACUGCCGUGUCUUUGAAUGUAAACGGCGUAACAUGUGCUCUCUCGGUCGUAUCCCCUCCAAUUAUGGAAGUGAAGGAAUGGAAAGUGCAGUUAGGUUUCACAUCCUCGUGCAUAAUUCCUUCGCAGUUGGUUAGUCCCUUAGCCAAAAUCGGUUAGGUGGACAUCACUAAUAUAUUAAAAUUAUAAUUACAAUACACUAGGUAUUAUAAUUUCUAUUGGUGUAAGCCAGCUAUAGGAAUUUAAUAUUCAAAAUAGAUUUACAACAUACAGAAUAACACAGAAAUGUAUAAUAUUUUUAUUAAAAAUAACCUCCAGUCUUGUUAAUAUUAUAUUUUAGAGAUUGUGUAUUACAUUGCAGUGCAUUGGCAAUAACAUUACCAAUAACCAUUGAAUUCCCAUUGAUUUUGUCACAAAUAAGUAAUUUUGUAUCUGGGUAGCAACUGCAAUCAUCUCUUAUAUUUUGCCUAUGUUUCGACAUAUAAAUUUAAAUAUAACGAUUCAUCAAAAUGUUUUUAAUAUUAAUAAAUAUGUCACAUUAGUUUGAUGUGGUGGCAAUCACACUUUAGACCCUUCCAAUCUAAGUUACCUAACGACCAAAGUUUUAGUACGUAUUCCACAGAACAGAUGAACUAAAGUCUGCUUUGCGAUCACAUCAAUAAACAUACUCACAUUGAAAUGUCAACAAUAACUAUAAAAAGUGUUACAGUUGGAACUUUUAUCCAGUCUUAAAUUAUUUUUGACUGCAAAAUGGUCAAAAUAUCUUUUGUCUAAAGUCACUGGAUAGCUCAGGUGAAGAUUCUAAUUUGUAAUGACAAUGUGGUCUUCACAUGAGAUAAACUCAGGUGUCACGUUUACAGAAUUCUAACAUAUAUCACAAUUAUUUUUUACUAAUAUUGUCGGUUAAAAGCAGUUUCGACCAGGAUAAAAUUCUGACCACAACGUUAAAUGUAAUCUUAAAAAAUAAGGCCUAGUCUUUAUUUUAAAAAUAUUAUCUUUACAACAAUGUCUCUUUAAUGUUAUUUUAGUAGUAUGCUUCUAUAGAAUUAAUAAAAAAAAUAUAAAAUUUAAAGUUAUAUUUAGUAGAAUGUGAUUAGUGUAAUAAAAUUAUUCACUAAUUUAGUUUAAAGAUACAAAAGUUUUAAGAGCAUAAAUCAAAUGAAAAAAAUUGGUUUUGAGUCUUGAUGGUAUUACAAUAGAUCACUAUUGUUGGCAUUUCAAUACCACAUACUAUUAUUAUAGCUGAUCUAUUCCACCAACGGAUGCCUUAUAAUAAAUACAGUUUCCAAAAUAAAUGUCGAUUCGUUUCGAAUAAAAAAAAA